AGCCCUGGAGCGAUUCAAAAGCCAGAAAUUGUCCGUUGGCCAACGACUUUACUCGUUUAUAAGAAUGUGAUGUUUAUCAAGCAGAUCAGCUACGUUUAAAAUAUAGUUUUUGGUGCAGUAAGGAUGGCGACCACUACUAAAACGCCUCCGGGUGCUGACCCCAAACAGCUGGAGCGCACAGGGAGCGUCCGUGAGAUCGGAUCUCAGGCCGUGUGGUCUCUGUCUUCUUGCAAACCUGGGUUUGGAGUCGACCAGUUGAGGGAUGAUAAUCUGGAGACGUAUUGGCAGUCUGAUGGCUCUCAGCCUCACUUAGUCAACAUCCAGUUCAGGAGGAAGACCACGGUGAAGAUGCUCUGUAUUUAUGCCGAUUAUAAAUCGGAUGAGAGCUACACACCCAGCAAGAUCUCAGUCAGAGUGGGAAACAACUUCCACAACCUACUGGAGAUCCGGCAGUUAGAGAUGGUGGAGCCGAGCGGGUGGAUCCACAUCCCGCUGCUGGACAUAGCGAACAAUCCCAUCAGGACGUUCAUGAUCCAGAUCGCGGUCCUGGCCAACCACCAGAACGGCCGCGACACACACAUGCGCCAGAUCAAAGUCUACACGCCGGUGGAGGAGAGCUCCAUCGGCAAGUUCCCACGAUGCACCACCGUCGACUUCAUGAUGUACCGCACCAUCAGGUGACCCGGGCCUGGCGUCACCGACUGAUCGACAAAUACGGCCGCAAUGUGAAAUGUGACUCGUAAACAUAGGUUUGAUCAUUUUUGAAGCCGAGUGUUUAGUGUUUUGGAUGAACAUUGAUGCCUUGUGUAUUGCUUUUGGAGAAAGUGGUUUAUUGUACAGAUAAUAAAUGUUUUUUUUUUAAAUAAAUGACACAUCAUCUCUA